AUGAGCGAGGGAGGAGAGGAGAAGCCAAGUCUGAGGCUGGAGGCUGCAAUCCAGAAACUAGAGGAUACUGUGCUGCAUCCCAAAGCAAGCAAAGAUGACAAAGUGUUGACUGUGCGUGGUGAAGGAGAGAGAGCUGUACCCACAACAGUCCCAGCUAGGAUUCGACAGAUUAUCACACAGAGUUUGUCUCCACCAUCACCCCAAGGUCUAUCAGAAACAAUCACUUCAGUCAGUAUGCAGGAAGAAAACCGCUUGUUGCAGAAGGAACUCUCUCGCCUUGAGGACCUCUUGGCACAAACCCGGGCAGAGAAGGAUGAGCUGGCUAGCAAGUACCAUGCCAUUAGUGAGAGACUGGAACAAGCAGUGCGAGUUGAUGAGGAAGGAAGCACAAUGUUCCUGCAGCUGAGACAGCAGUUCAAGGAAGAUGAGAAAGCAUACAAGCGCAAGCUGCAAGCCUUCCAGGAUGGGCAGCAGCACCAGGCUCAGCUAGUACAGAAGAUGCAGAACAAGAUGCUGCAGUACAAGAAAAGAUGUGGGGAACUGGAGCAGCAAUUGCUGGAGAAAACUUCUGAGUGUGAGCAUCAGAAACAGAUGCUGCAGACAAGGUUAGACUCAACAGAGAUGCGCUUACGCCGCUUUGAGCAUGACCACAGUGUGGAGCUGGAGAGCACUCUCCUCCAUCUGGGGGAGGAACAGAAGAGGAACACCAGCCUUUCCCAGAUGAAUACUCUGCUUCGGGAACAGCUGGACCAGAUGAAAUCCUCGAAACAGAGGCUAGCAGGGGAGUUAGAGAAGGCAGCUGCUGAUGUUCACAGGCUGAGGAGUGAGCUGGAACAGAAGGAGUCCCACAGGCACAAGAGCAGGGAGAGCUACCCUUCAUAUUUAGGCAGUGAGCACAGUGGGAUCCUCCUGUUAUGGCGUCAAGCUGCCGCACUCCGUGGCAACUUUGCAGAGCUCCGCACUACGGUGGAGAGAGGUAUUGCUGAGGCAGGGACUGACAUGGCAAGAGUUGCUCACCGUCUCCACACUGCCUGCCUCAAUUUGGAUUCCAACCUGCGUCUCUCUGAAAGCAGCUCUGCCUGUUUGCUAGAGAAACAACUUCGGGAAAAAGUCCGCGAGAUGAUCCAGCUACAGAGCCGCUGGGAUGGAGAAAAGGCAGAACUGAACUCCAGGAUUACAGAGCUGACCACUUUAGGAGAUAAGCUUAAAGAACAGAAUGCAAAGAAAGAGAAGACCAUCUCUACCCUAAAAAUGGACAUUCAGAAAUUGGAGGCCAGUAAGACUGGAGAUCUAGAAGAGACAAAGGACCUGAAAGAGGAAAUUGAAUCUUUGCAACAUAGCUUGAACAGCAUCACAAAGUUGGCUCUGUCUGAAUGCAGGAGCCCAGGGUUCAUCACCUUAGAAAGUGCCAAAGCUGCAUCGGAGGAAGACACCAUCUGGCAGACCUCCCCGUUACGCUCCAGCUCUCCUCACCACCCGUGGACAUCGCCAUCCUGGGUGCACUCUCCCACAUGCCAGAAGGCAGCGUUGCAAGCUGUGCAGGCUGCUUUUCAGAAGUACCGCCAACAUGAACAGGAGUUGAAUGUGCAGCUGGAGACUUGCCGGGAUGCCUUGGGAUCUGUCAAGAAGCAGCUUUCUGAUUGCCAGCAGGAAACAAAGGAAGCAAAACAACGACUGCAGGAACAGAGGCAGAAAAGUGAGGGGCUGACCCAAAUGCUGGAGGAUUGCAAGCGGGAACUGCAACGCUGGAAAUCCUCGGUGGAGGAUCUAGGAAGGGAGAAGGGAGCUUUGGAGGUGGCAGCGGAGAAGCUGACUCAACAGCUUGAUUCCUCCCAUCUGGAAGUGGAGUGGUUGAAGACUACAAAUGGAGACCUUCAGAGACAGCGAAAACUCCUAGAGGAGCAGAAGGAGGAUGUGAUUAAGGAAAGGGAGAGAACAAGGAAGGAGUUGGAAAGGGGGCAAAGAUCCCUGGAGCAGCUCGAGGAAAGGAUGUCAGCUCUGAAGAAAGAGCUGGUGACUGUCAAGGAAUCUUUGAACCAGGCUAUGUUGGAAAAAGACGUGCUAGAGAGUGCCAAGGAAGACUUGAGUGGAGCCCUUUCCAAAAUUGAAGCCACCAAUGCUGAGCUUGAGCGCUCCAUAUACAAGAUGAAAUUAGAAGAUGCUGAGCUGAGAGACUCACUAGCCAAAAUGGGAGCUCUGAACGAAGGGCUGGCUCAUGACAAGGUCAGCCUCAACCGCAUAAUCCUGCAGCUUGAAGAUGAGAAAAGUAGGCUGCUAAGUCAGAAGCGGGAGCUGGAACAAGAGCAAGCUGUUUCACGGGAGCAACUUGCACACUCGGAGCAGGAGCUGAUGCACAUGAAGGCAGAAAAGUGCAGACUGGAGGAGAGCUGCCAGGCCUCAGAAGACAAGCAGGAGAGACUGGAAGGGGAAAUGGCCUUCCUGCGCAGGGAGAGGGUUCAUUUACAGGACCAAAUAAUGCAGCUGAACAGUCAGAAGCAAACUUUAGGUGAACAACUAGCCCAGAGCCAUCAAGAAAUGGAGAUGCAAGCAGACUCCUUGCUUCGUGUACUACAAGAGAAGGAAGAGAUAGCUAAGGAAAAGGCACAGUUGGCUGUGGAGCUCACUGCACUGGAGAGACAUAGGAAGUUGUUAGCAGAGGAGGGGGACACUCUCAGAGUAGAGAAGGAAUCUCUGGAAACGAGCCUUUUUGAGGCACAAGAGCUGGUAGCACAGCUGGAGGCCCGCAAGGAACAACUGGAAGGAGAAAAUCAAAGCAUUGACAAUUCCAAGAAGACCCUCCAAGCGGAACUGGGAAAAGCACUUCAUGAACUUGAGCUCCAAGAGACCUUGCUGAGAAAAGAGAUAGAGAUGUGGAAGCUUCAGCUGACUCAGAUGGAAGAAGAAUGCCAGCAGACCAUAAAGAAACAGAAGCUGAGCUUUGAAGCGGACCUUGAAUGCCUCAGAAAGGAGAAGGAGGUCCUACGUCUGACAUUGACUGAGGAGAAAGAAAAGACUAUGCAUCAUUUCCAGCAAGAGAAGGAGGAGCUGGUGGCCAAGUCUGAAGCGGAAAAGAGAGAUCUCAUGGAUGAAAUCCUCACUUUGCAGCAGAACCGGGAAGAAAGCCUUCUCUUGCUAGAAAAUGAAAAACAGAAGGCUAUAUCCCAGAAAGAAGUGGAGAAGAAUCUACUUUUGGAAAAGCAAAGUGAGUUGCAGCGAGAACUCACAGUUGUCAGGGCAGAGAUUGAUCGGGUGAAAUUGGAAGCUCUGAACCGUCAGGAGCAGGAUAAGAACACAAUUGUCAGUAUCGCUGGUGAGCUACGGAUCUUCCAGGCGCAGUUUGAGGAUGCAAUGGCUGCCCACCAGAAAGAGGCCAAGCGCCUGAAUGAACAUGUAAAAGAGUUGGCAAGAGAGAAGGAGCUUGUAGGGAGGGAGGCAGAACAGUUAAAAGCACAACUCCGCCUGGCAGAGGAUACCAGUGCGGGAGUUCGCAAGGAACUGACUGAGAUUCACCACAGACUACAGGAGUCCGAAGAGGCUUGUGAUCACCAUCAAAAGGAGCUGCUAGAAAUUCACAGGGCUGUAAUGGAUGAAAGCAGAGAAAAAGAAGCUCUACAGAAGUCCAACACAGAUCUAAGAGCAACUAUCAAGAAAGCAGAGAGUGAGAAGCUCAGCCUGCAGAGAAGCAAGGAGGAGAAGGAGCAAAAGAUUGCUAUCUUGGAAGAAGCAAAAGCAGCAGUUCAGAGAGAGGUGGGAGAUCUCCGAGCAAAUCUACGAGAAGUGGAGAAGUCUCGCAUGGAAGCUCGACGGGAGCUUCAGGAGCUGCGCAGACAGGUGAAAGCGCUAGAGAGUGAGAACAGCAAAAGAAUCCAGGAAACUACUGAACUACAGCAUCGAUUGCUGGAGGAAGAACAACAGAACAGCAAAGAGGCUCUUGAAAUGAAGCAAAAGAUAACUGAGUUGGAGAUUGUCCAGGAAUCUGCUCACAAGGAGAUACUGAGCUUGCAGAAGAAGUUAGCAGCUACAGAGGCAGAGUCUCAGCUUCGAGAGCAGGAUUUGAUGCAGAGCCUUGCUGAGAGCUGUGGAAAGGAGAAGAAGCUGAAGGAUGACCUCCAUAACCUGGAGAUGAAACUGCAAGAAGCCAGCAGGACAAGCGAGGACCUCCAGAUGCGCCUCAGCACCUGUGAGGGACACACUCGUGGCUUAGAAAUAGAGCUAGCCAAAGCUGAAGCAGCCAAAAGGGAGGUUGAGCUCAAGUUGGUGGCACUGCACUCAACUCUACGCCGCACACUGGGGCUUGGCAGCCGGAGCCCGUCACCACAGAGAUCCUGCUCUCCAGUCAAAGGAGCCAGUGGUCGACAAACACCCACCUCCCGCACUGAGUCCCCUGAGAGAAGCCGCUCACAUUCUCCACUUCGCCAACCUUCUCCUCUCAGAGGCGAGCAAGCCACGACUGAAAUUGACCCAGAAGUCGUUCGAGAUACUUUGCGGGACUUCCUUCAGGAGUUGCGGGACACUCAGAGGGAGAGGGAUGAUCUAAGAAUUCAAGUGAUGAAUAUGAACCACCAACUGAAUGAAAUGGAAUCUGAUCGUGAUCGGACAAAGAGUCGAAUUCUGCAACUCCAGAAGUUCUUGGCAGACUGCGAGGAAGGCAAACGUGGAGUGGAUGGGCGUCUGAGCAGUGCACAGGCAACAUUGAUGCUGCAGGAGGAGACCAUUCGGAAAAUAGAGAGGGAGCGACAGGCUUCUGCAGAACAGGUGGCCACACUGGAGCGCAACUUGCAGACAUGUCAGGAAAAGAACAGAGAAUUGCAGGACAAAGUCGAUAAGUUGAAAGCCAAAGAAGCCAAACUAGAGACAGAGAAGAGGAAACUAAAGGAAGUACUGGAGGCUGCAGAAAAUAGGGCCACCAAGUUGGAGCUGAGUCGCAGGUCUGUAGAAGGAGAGCUGCAGCGGGCCCAACUCAACUUGACAGAGAGAGAGACAGAGAUCCAGUCACUGCAGGAGCAGGCCCAGGUUCUUCGCUGCCAGCUGGGAGAUAAGGAGAGCAAAACUGCACAACUGCAGCAGGAACUUGACCGCCUGACCCACUCACUGGCCAGGACAGAAGGCACUGAAAACCAUCUGAAAGACAGGGUGCAGAUCCUGUCUCAAGCGCUAUCCGAUGCUACUGCUGGCUCCUCCUCCUUGCACGAAAACAUCUCACAACUACAGAAGGCCUUGACUGCUGCAGAGCAAGAUCGUCGACUGCUCCAGGAUCACUUGGACUCCAUGCGGCAAGCAUUAUCUGAUAGCAAGAGGCAGAACCAUAGCUUGACCGAUACAGUACAUUUGCUGCAAGAUCAACUGGGUGAGAUGGAAUCGCGGUGCAGAAACCUGGAGGAGCAGAUGGGCCAAGAAGCAGAGCAGGAGAAAUUCAGGAAGGAAGAUGACACCUUUAGACUUAGUCAGAUGAGGGGGCAACUGGAUCAGUCCCUGAGCAGCCUGCAGCAGGAAAUGGAGGAAACGCUGAGGCAAAAUGAACGCCUGCAGGCCCAGAUUGUAGAGCUGGAACACACACAUGCCCAGCGACUGAUGGAGCUCACAUCCCAGCAUCAGUUAGACUUGGAGCUGGAAGCAGAGAGGCUGCACAGUGCUCAGCUCCAGGCUGAACGAAGGCUGGACUCCCGGGAGAGAAUGCAUCGGCAGAGGAUGAAAGGCUUGGAGGAGCAGGUGAAUGCCCUGAAAGAGAAACUGGAUCAAGAAGUGAGACGAAGACAAGCAUAUCUGAGCCAGAUGCUUCAUACAGUAAAAUGAUUUGCAAACAGUGUGCUCUGAUCUAGGAUGACCAAGUGCAAAACCAGCCUUCAGCAGAGUUCUUGAAGCUCAGGCAUUGGGACACACCUUGACUGAUUCAUGGUCAGAGCAAUCUGAGCACCAAGUAAUAUUCCCCUACCCCACCCAAGUAGCAAAUACACUGAACACUUGGAACGCACAGUAAAGACUGCAUCUGACUAGGCAGCGUGCUGC